AUGGCAGACACAAACACGGUGGAUGACUACGCAGGAAAACUUUCAGGCUUAGCAUCGAGAGCAGCCGCGUUAGGAGAGAUAAUGAAAACAUCGAAGAUGGUAAAGAAGUUUUUGAAGGAACUUCCAAGAACGAAGUUCAUUCACAUCGUAGCUUCGUUAGAACAAGUGUUGGAUCUAAAUUCAACGGGGUUCAAAGAUAUUGUUGGGAGAUUGAAGGCUUUCGAAGAACGCGUAAAAGACGAAACCCAAGAUGAAGAUCAAUCGAAGCUAAUGUUUGUGAAGAAUGAUACGCAAGGUCGUGGAAGCCAUAACAACUCACGAGGAAGAAGCAGAGGUAGAGGUCAUGGUGGAAGAGGAAGAGGACGAGGAAGGUCUAAUAGUUCUGAUGGUCAUAACAAAGGAGGAGAAGCUUCGGACAAGACCAAGAAGGACUACUCUAAAGUUAAAUUUUGGAGAUGCGACAAGAUGGGGCACUUCAUGUCACAUUGUCCUACACGACCAAGAGAAGAAGCUAACCUAACGGAAACACAAGAAGCAGAUGCAUUAUAUAUCCAUGAAGUAGUAUUCCUCAACGAAGAGAGAGUGUUUGCUAAGAGGUUUGAUGAAUGCGAUGGAAAUACGAGUAUAUGGUACCUUGACAAUGGUGCAAGUAACCAUAUGACAGGCAAGAGAGAGUUCUUCUCAAACCUAGAUGAGAGCAUCAAAGGCAAAGUCAAAUUCGGUGAUGGAUCAAACGUUGAGAUUGUUGGGAAAGAUUCGAUCACGUUCUUCGGGAAAACAGGGGAGAGAAGAACACUCAAAGAUAUCUAA